AUGGUCAAACUUGACCUUGGUGAAAAUGAGUUUGUUGGGAACAUCCCAGUGUGGAUGGGAGAAACAUUUUCAAGAAUGAAGAUUCUCAUCCUCCGAUCAAAUAAGUUUCACGGUCCUUUACCUAGGGAACUUUGCCAUCUCAGUUCUCUACAAAUCCUUGAUCUUGCAGAUAACAAUUUUUCUGGAACCAUACCAAGAUGUGUCAAUAAUUUCACUGAGAUGAUGAAAAUGGGAUCUUCUGGACUAGAAGAACUAGAGUAUGGAUCUGAUGUAGAUUUUUAUUCAAGUUAUAUGGAGGGUGCAUUACUUGUGAAUAAAGGUGAAAUGGCUGAAUACAAUACAAUUUUGGAGCUUGUGAGAAUUAUAGACCUUUCAAAAAAUAACUUUUAUGGGGAGAUUCCCACCGAAGUAACAAAUCUUGGAGCACUGCAGUCAUUGAAUCUAUCUCACAAUUCUUUUACUUGUAGAAUUCCAAAGAACAUUGGUGCUAUGGGAUCACUAGAGACUGUUGAUUUCUCUGGAAAUCAACUUUCUGUUGAAAUGCCGCCAAGCAUUUCAAAUCUAACGUUUUUGAGUGUCUUGAACUUAUCCAACAACAAUCUAUCUGGGAAAAUUCCUUUAAGCACUCAACUACAAGGCUUUGAUGCAUCUUGUUUUGCUGGCAACAAACUUUGUGGUCCUCCCCUCCAAAAUAAUUGUACGGUUCCAACAACUGACAAUAGAAACAGAGGAGAGAAAGAUGAUAAUGAAGAUAAAGUGGAGUGGUUCUAUGUAAGCAUGGCACUCGGAUUUGUGGUGCGAUUUUGGAGUGUAAUAGGUUCCCUUCUAUUCAACAGGAGAUGGAGGUACAUGUAUUGUCAAUUCCUGGAUCGCCUCCAGGACAAACUGGGUAGUGUUCUUAGAAAAUGUUACUAG